GGAGCAUAUUUAAUGAAAAGCACCGUAGACUGAAAAAUCAAACAUGAGGGUAGCAGGUGCUGCAAAGUUGGUGGUAGCUGUGGCAGUAUUUUUACUAACAUUUUAUGUUAUUUCUCAAGUAUUUGAAAUUAAAAUGGAUGCAAGUUUAGGAAAUCUAUUUGCAAGGUCAGCACUGGACAUAGCUGCACGCUCUACAAAGCCUCCCAGAUACAAAUGUGGGAUCUCAAAAGCUUGCCCUGAGAAGCAUUUUGCUUUUAAAAUGGCAAGUGGAGCAGCCAAUGUGGUGGGACCCAAAAUCUGCCUGGAAGACAACGUUUUAAUGAGUGGUGUUAAGAAUAAUGUUGGAAGAGGAAUCAAUGUUGCCUUGGCAAAUGGAAAAACAGGGGAAGUAUUAGACACUAAAUAUUUUGACAUGUGGGGAGGAGAUGUGGCACCAUUUAUUGAGUUUCUGAAGGGCAUACAAGAUGGAACAAUAGUCUUAAUGGGAACAUACGAUGAUGGAGCAACCAAACUCAAUGAUGAGGCACGGCGGCUCAUUGCUGAAUUGGGGAGUACGUCUAUUACUAAUCUCGGUUUUAGAGACAACUGGGUCUUCUGUGGUGGGAAGGGCAUUAAGACAAAAAGCCCUUUUGAACAGCACAUAAAGAACAAUAAGGACACAAACAAAUAUGAAGGAUGGCCCGAAGUUGUGGAAAUGGAAGGAUGCAUCCCCCAGAAGCAAGACUAAUGGAAAUAUGAAGAAAAUUGAAGAAAACGCACUUUCACUAUUAAUGGGAGAGCUAGAAAGAAGAAACUACAUGUAAAUAUUUUAAGAGCAUGCAGCCAUCUCGGUGUGUGCAUGAGCAUUGUCUCUUUUGAUAUCAGGAUUAUUUAUUGCUAACGUAAAUAGAUAGCAUUGUAAAUAGUCAUCAUAACGAGCAAAUCACUGAACCAUUUCUUAGCGCAUUUUCCUGAAAGUACAAUAUUUAGACUUAAAUGGUAAUAACACAUUUUAAUUCGAAAAGCAUACCCAAUGGAUAACUGAACAGGUUGUGAUAUAUAAUACUGGUUGCGAUGAAAAUCUAUCAUGGAAUAAUACAGAUUUUAGGGAGGCGACUUUGUUUUCUUUUAUACAUAUAUAUGUUCCCUUGUGAUGACAAUAUCUUUUAAAUUAAAAAAGAGAUUUGGCUAGUUGUGUGUGUAAUGUUACUUUACAGUCUGAGUCUCCUGAUGUACCUCUUAGUCUUUCUCUUCCCUUCCCAAGAAACCAAGAAAUAAAGUGUUUGAUACAAAAACUUAUAUGGGAUGUGAAAAGCACAACAAAAUUCUUUUUUUAAUGUACACAGUAAAGAGUAAAUGUGUAAAUGUAGAUGACAUUUAGGACCAUAGAUAGCUUGCUGGAUUUUGUGUUAGCAAUGUGAAUAACUUGAUUUUGUAUAAUAAGCUAUUUAGAGUGAGGCUGGAGGUGGCAGCUCCACAGAACCGGGGAACCAGGUGAAGGCCCCUCCCUGGCCUAAUAAGGUCAUUCAGGACAGCUGAGUCGGUAUAUUUAGAGCAAUAUGUUUUCCUUAUUUGUUAUCAGCAUUGACCAAGUGGUUUGAAAAAAGGCAUGCUUUAAUACCACAAUAAUUUUGUUUUGUAAACCAGAAAAUUCUGUAUUUACUUCUUUUAACUUCAUAAUAUCAAUUAUUGCCUGAAGCUAUAGUGGCAUAUUUAGAAAAGCCCUAAUUACUGGGUAGACUUAUAACAUUCAAAAAAUAAUUUUAUUUGACCCAAGAUGACUUUAUAUCCAAUUCUGCAUAAAAAUAUAGGAGAUCUAACUUUUUUUUAUGAACUUCAGAUAUUUACCAAAUAACUUUUUUUCUUUUAAUUUUUUUAGGGCAUUAAAUACCUGUUUGUGUAUGAAGUAUCUUAAACUGGAACAUAAGCAAAUUUAAUGAUCAAGCUGCCAUUCAUAAUAUAAGGCAGCACCUAAAUUUUAGAAGCCUUGUAUAAAAAAACCUAAAAGCAGUAUUUGUUAUUUUGCUAUAAACCAAGUUGGAAGCUAUUCAGAUAUUUCUUAAAUAUUGGUGAACUUUGGGAUACUAUUUCUUCCCUCAAAUUGAAUGUACUUCAUGAGUAAAUGCACCUUAUACAUUUAAACAAUUUUUGUAAACUUUUCGGAUUUUUGGUGCUUAUAUGCUAAAUCACAUUCAGCAUGUGUAUUUUGACAUUUAAAAUACUUCCCUUGAUUCUGUAAACUAAAAGAAUAGUUAUUUUACAGUUCCAGGGAUUGUGAAAUAAAUGUUACUUUUUUUUUUAAUUAUGAAAAUAAAUACUCUUGGUUUUGCAUUGUGAAUUUUUUUGUAUUGUCCGGCAAAGUAUAAUAUACCUACAGACCUUCACAUUAAGGUUUUUCAAGCAUUUAUUAUACUGCCUAACUUGCAAAAAAUUAAAUCAUUGCUGUGGUUAAACACAGUAAUAUCCUCUGAAUAUAUCUUAACAUGUAAUUUAAGUGUCUAGAUGGCAGGAUAUCCCUUUUUAUUAUAAAGUGUAUAAAAUGAUGGCUUGUGUAGUUGUCUAAAAUCUCAAAAGAAGGGAUAAAGAUUGGUUGUGUAACUGCUUUGGUGCAAUUUUCAUUUGUCUCAAUUCUCUCUUGUAUAGACUGCCAGCUUAACUUUAGAAGCAAUAAUUUUACUACAUUUCAUUUUCAGAUCUUUUUAAAAUCAACAUUGUAAGUGAAACAGUGCUCAUUUAAUGUUAAGAAUUUUCUUUAUUAAAUCAGAGAUUAUCUUUGACAUUUUAGUAUUUUAUAUGGUGCUUAAGGGCUUAUAGAUGCAUAUUUUUUAUUUGUGAUCACAGAUGCUUUCCCAGAACAACUGUACUAUAACAUGAAUGCUAAAGUGGAACACGAGAAAGUAAGAAAAUAAGUGAUGUUUGGGAAAUUAAAGAAAUAUUGAGCCAGAGUCUUUAUAUUUAUGACUUUAAUUUGAUUAAAGUGACAUUUAUCAUUGU